CGGAGGCGGAGCGGGCGGUGUAAACAGACCCGGGAGCCGCGAGCCCCGAAGGAGGCGCGGGUGGCGCCGCCAUGGACUUCCAGCAGCUGGCAGAUGUCGCGGAGAAGUGGUGUUCCAGCACACCCUUCGAGCUCAUCGCAGCCGAGGAGACCGAGCGCAGGAUGGACUUCUAUGCCGACCCGGGCGUAUCCUUCUACGUGCUGUGUCCGGACAACGGCAGCGGCGACAGUUUUCACGUGUGGAGUGAGAGCGAGGACUGCCUGCCCUUCCUGCAGCUCGCACAGGACUACAUCUCUUCCUGCGGCAAGAAGACGCUCCAUGAAAUCUUGGAAAAAGUCUUCAAGUCCUUCCGACCUCUGCUGGGGCUUCCAGAUGAAGACGACGCCUUUGAAGAUUACAGUGCGGAUGUGGAGGAGGAGCCAGAAGCGGACCACCCCCAGAUGGGGGUCAGUCAGCAAUAAACUCCUAGGUCGCCUUCCUGAAGGGGAGUAAGCCCUGUGCUGCCCAUGAGGUCCUGUGCUCCCCGAUGGGGUCCUGUACUCCUGGGGUAGCUUUUUGUAUUAGCUCUUCAAAACAGGACAUCUGGCUCCUGACAUCCAAAUGAAAAUGAAAUACCUUUCAAAUGACCAAAUCAUUUCUGUGAUGAGCUUCGCUCAGAAGUGAUCAGAAUUUCUGCCCCGCUUUGCCGGGGUUUCUAUGGAGAUGUCUUGGUAGCCUUUGCCACUUUGAAGUUAGAAUCCGUGUUGUGGCUGCCUGUUUCCUCUUGAGUUUAUGUUGGAGAAUUAACGUUUGCUGAUUGGAAUGUAGAGAACACUGAAUGUAUUAAGGAUGUGUUUUGAGUCCUCACAGGGGACCUUGCUGAGGAAAAGCAUGACAGAGGAGAAAUGCAGCCUGCACUUUUUAUGUCCCUUUGAUGUGUCCGUAAGUGAAAGGUCUUGCUUAGGAAGCAUGAGUUUUACUAUCUAGUCGUGAACUGCGCAAGUGCAGAUGCCGAGGGGGAGGGCAGCUAAGCUCCUUGGAGAGUUUCUCCACUGUUAGAUUGGUUACUUGAGCAUGUAGCUGCCAGCCACUGGUCAGUGUAAAUGUUCCGCGGUUGUUCGAUGGUUUUAAAACGUGCUAAGUCCAAAGCCACUUUUAAAUUCUCAUAGUGGAAAGUAUAGAUGGGGUGAAAGAUAUACAUUAUUGAUUCCUUAAAACUGAUUCUAAGCCUGCAUAUGAAAUGAAACCUUCACCUUCUCUCUUAUGAUGAGAUGGCAACUUGUUAAAUCAUGAAAACAACCAGAAUCCGAGUAAGUGACCCUUAAGCUUUGAAGCCAUAGAUGAAAUCUAAUAGGAAAAUAAACCAGGAAAAAAAAAAUUAGAUGUAAUGAAAUCCUUCACUUUCCUAAUCUUUUAUUCUUUAGAGAAUGUCAAGGAAAGGCUCCCGGUGAAUUAUUUUAUUUAAAAUGAUAAUGAAAUACUCUAGGGAACCUCCAUGCAGUGAAAUUGUAAAGUGAUGUGAACGUGGGAGUCAUAAUUAGGGGAUUACUUAGUUAAAAGAGGAUGUUUUUGAUGAUCGGGACACACAGACAGCUCUCAGAAGUAACUGCUGUCAUCCUUUUACCAAUAAGUACCAGGACAUUCUCUAAUGCCAUCGUGAGACCCUCCCGUGUGUUGGGUUCUCAUAACUUAGGAUACAAGAACUCCCCUUCACAGCACUUGACUCCUCCGUGCAUCCAGUGUGGGAAUGUUGUGCGUGCGUGCACACACACACACAGACACACACGGACACACACAUGCAAUCUGAUUAUGUUAUCAGCAUUUUAAACGCAAACCAAACCCACCACCGCAGAAGCUUGUGUACAUGGUACGGCAGCCGUGUCCAGGCAUUUUGUUUAACCUCCAUGAAGGGUUUAACCUCCAUGAAGGGUCUCAUUCCUUGGUGCGCUGCGGAGUUUAGUUGCUGGGUGAUGGCACAUUGUGGAUUCUAUCUGUGCUUUUCUACCUGUGUUUUUAUUUUCCCUUGAAGUCGCCCAUUGGCACAGUUAGACUUAGUACCCCACCCCUUCCGGGGUGUGAGGUCCAGUCCUGGCCAUGCUCCCCUUGCCAUGUCUGCUCAUCGUCGGGAGACUUGAGCUCUCUGUCUUGGGGAUACGGUCCAGGGCAGGUGACUUCCUUUUAAACAUAAUAGGCCACACAAAUAAAUGACUUUUGGAGGUAAAAUGAAGACACCUGAGCAGUUUGCUCCAUCAUGAGGUAACCUGGAAUUUUAUACAGAGGCUUCAAAUCUAAAUUAACAUAUCUUCGAACGUUAAUAUAAGAUGGGUUUUUAUCAAAAACGUAUUUGAACUUUGACCAAAUAUACUUGGUAUCAAUCAUAUUAGUGUUCUCUAUUUGUACAAGUUGAGUUAAGACCCCUAGUGGUGCAGCGGGCUACUGACAACUCUCGUCAGUUUUUUGUGUGCUUCCCCGCCCCUAGGGGGGCAGGGUCAGGAAGAGCAAAGGUCCCUGGAUGUGGCUGAUUUCCAUGACAAAACCCCUAGGCAUCCCCAAAUCUACUGUCCUUGCAAACCUCCCUCUGUCUGCUGUUGUGUGUAUCCCUUCCUGUGUGCACCUGUGUGUGCAAGCACACACAUAGCCACCCCUACCCAUUCUGUCAACGUUCAUAUCCCAGUGGGGGCCCAAGGCAAGCAGCCUGUGGUUGGUUAGUUAUGGAAACGGGCCUGCUCCACAGUGAGAAAAGUGUGACCCUUCCCAAGACCACAGAGGCAUUCCAGGACUACGGAGACCUCAGCCCUUGGCUGCAAACAGUGAUAAGUCAUGUAACUUUCCUACGAAACAAGGCUAUUUGCUCUGCUAGCUUUAAACACCAUCCUGCUGCGGCUGCUGUAGGAAGUAUGUGAGCGAAAAGAGCGACAGUCAAGGACAGCAAGGGACACAGGAAGAAAAUAAUUUGGAAUUUUGCCCAAAAUGGUGUCCUUAAGAUGUUGACCAUGCCACUACCUUAGAAUAUGGUGGUAGUGGAUGUCCAGAUCCUGGAGCCUGGAGUCUGCCCCCUCCCAAAGGCUCUGGAGUUGGUUGGCAGUUAACCCAAGAGGGGAGCUUAGCUUGAAGAAUAGCUGUAAACUGAUGUGUGCUUGUCUUGUCUCCCUGGAAAGUGACAGCGGAAAAACUUGGUAGGUAGUAGACAGAGUGAGAAUAAACACACGAGGGAAGGACUGAUCGCCUGCUGACCGCGAUGACCGGCUGUGAAGUCUGAAUUCUGCCCUGACAACACUACAGAGCCUGAUCCUAGCGCUGAGUGACCCAGGGAGACACGUUCCUACUAUCUGCCUGGUGAUAGCAUUGUGCAGGCUUCAAGGAUCCAAGUCUAGAGCCAGGGAGGGUAGUGAAGCCCCAUGCUGUGCCUGGCACCACUUGGGGUUCAGUCCCAUGGAGUUUGUGACUCCCAGGUCUACUGCAGCACAUGGUGUAUUUUGUGUUCCCAUGACCAGAGCACAAAACAUCUGUUAUAUGAUGAGACUGUCCUUGCACGCUGCCGCCAGAGCUGGUUUUGCAGUGUGCUUAAGGAAAACUGAAGCACACUGGGGGUGACCCCAUUGCUCAGGACAGACAGACAGACAGGCCUGUUCUCUAGCACAAUGCAUGGCUCUGAAUAUUGUUUCAGUUUCUCAGAGCAGGGAGAAUGUGUCUGGGGUGUUAUCAUCCCAGAGUGGAGUGUUUUAAUUAUUGCAUGUUAAAAUUCACCAGUUGAGAGACAGUUUAAUCAAAUUGGGUUUUCUACAGUGAGAGGAAUGUAGGGAUGGACAAGAUUUAAUGUGGGUCGGAGGAGAUGAACAGGGACCACGAGAGAGAAAGGUCUCAGUCCAUCUGGGUUGUAAACAAAGCACAUUGCCCGCACUUACUUCCUGGGGUACAGGACCAAGCGGCCUUUUCUUAGCUGUCUCUAGAGAGCUGCUUUCCUCAGAGACUGGAAGUUUAGAGGAUGCUGGUGAUGGCUCUGUGACUUUCACAGUGCCCCCCUGCCAAGCCAAAGGCACGGUAGGUGCCCUGUACACCUGGUGGAAUUCCUUCCCUUAAAAAUAAAAUCCACGGCUAGCUAGGGAAGCAUGCUUUCGCGAGUGCUGGCUCCAGAGUGUCUGCAAAGGCAGCUGGCAGAACGUGAGCCAUGCCUGCUCUCUCCUCUGCUGGUGCUUCUGCUGUCAGUGAAACUCAAAUGAAGGCUCUUGUCCCUAGAGUAAGCCUUGAGGGGGAGAUGUCGUACCUGGCUUGUUGCGUCGUCUCCAAAAGUGCACAAGAAGAUUUUCGCAUUAGAAAUCCCUCUUUCGUACAAACUCAGUUACUUGGUUUAACGGUAGCUAGUAUGACUUGAGAAGCUGAGGUCUUUUAGGUUUCCUAUGGAGUAGGUGUUAAACUUGCAGGAAUGUUGGCAGCCUGUGGCCUGUGGCAAUGGCCAUGAGCAUUUCAUGUUAGGAACCCCAUUUACCACACUGCCAUGCUGAAUAAUCCCGAGCAGCUUAAAGACUGCACCAAGCCACAGUAGUCCGCUUAGGGCUGUGUUCAAGUUGUUUGGUAUUAGGGAGAAAGCUGGCAGUGUGGUCCUCAUAUCUCCCUGGGCCUUCCUUUCGUUUUUGUUUCUUGAGAUUCGAUUUUAGCAGGUACCUUCUGAACUGGCCUAGACAGAUGCUCUAUAUAUACAAAUGCCAGCUUUCUAAAAGGCACUAAAAUAAACAGUCAGUGCUGGGCAAAGUCCAAACCCAGCUACAAUCCAGUGCUAAUUUGUGUACAAGCAAGAUUUCAGCCACCUCCAGAGAAGCAAAUCCGAAGAAACAAAAGCAAGGGACUUUGUUUGUUUUUUUGGUUUUCCGGGCUGGGAGAUUUUCUGUGCGGUGUGUGUGUGCUUUCUUUGAGUUCAUAUUUCCUUUCAGAGAGCUCUCUUGUAAAUGACAAACUGUGAAAUGGGUUGCCAAAAACUUGUCCUUUCUUAGAUGCUUCAGACAGAACUGUGUAAAUUCUCUCUGCACCCUCUCCCAUCUGCUCCCUCCUCCUUCUCCUGAGAGCAAGGACCACAUCCAAGGAUGUAAUUACCAUAAGCUUGCUAUUAAAGAGCCUUUUAGCCCUGGU